AUGUCGGUGUUCGGGAAGCUGUUUGGGGCCGGAGGGGGUAAGGCCGGCAAGGGCGGCCCGACCCCCCAAGAGGCCAUCCAACGGCUGCGGGACACGGAGGAGAUGCUAAGUAAGAAGCAGGAGUUCCUGGAAAAGAAGAUCGAGCAAGAGCUGACUGCUGCCAAGAAGCACGGCACCAAAAACAAGCGCGCGGCCCUCCAGGCACUCAAGCGCAAGAAGAGGUAUGAGAAGCAGCUGGCGCAGAUUGACGGCACACUAUCAACCAUCGAGUUCCAGCGGGAGGCCCUGGAGAAUGCCAACACCAAUACGGAGGUGCUCAAGAAUAUGGGCUACGCUGCCAAGGCCAUGAAGGCUGCUCACGACAACAUGGACAUCGACAAAGUCGAUGAGUUAAUGCAGGACAUUGCUGACCAGCAAGAACUUGCAGAAGAGAUCUCAACAGCUAUUUCAAAACCUGUAGGAUUUGGAGAAGAGUUUGAUGAGGAUGAGCUCAUGGCAGAAUUAGAAGAACUAGAACAGGAAGAGCUAGACAAGAAUUUGCUGGAAAUCAGCGGACCCGAAACAGUCCCUCUACCAAGUGUUCCCACUAUAUCCCUACCAUCAAGACCAAGCAAGAAGAGGGAAGAGGAAGAUGAUGACAUGAAGGAAUUGGAAACCUGGGCUGGAACCAUAUAA